AUGACAAUUAAUUAUAAUUCAUUUGGUAAUAUUUCUCAUUUGUCUCAAUUAUUUAUUCAUUCAAAUGACUCCAUAACUCUUUACAGUAAUGCAUUUCAAAAUUGUGCUAUUUUAGAGGAAGUAAUUAUUCAAUGCAAUGGAAAUCUUGUUAUUGAUUAUAAAUCAUUCAAUAAUUGCGAAAACCUAAAAAGAAUUGAUUUCAGUUCAAACGGUUCAAUGACAAUUAAAAAUUAUGCUUACUCUAAUCAAAAUAAUCAAUAUUCUCCAUUUUAUAAUUGUAAUAAUUUAGAAUCUAUUAUAUUAUAUUCAAAUAAUACUAUGAUAAUUCAAAAUUAUAUUUUCUAUCAAAAUCCUUCUCUUUAUUCUGUAAAUAUAACAUCGCUUUCAAGUAUAAAUCUAUAUUCAUAUUCAUUUUACACAUGCACAAAUUUAACCAAUCUAAUUGUCAGCAGUCAGUCAUCAACAUAUAUUGGACAAAACGCUUUUAUAAAUUGCUAUAAUAUAUCCAAUCUUACAAUUAAUUCAUUUGGAUCAUUGACAAUUGAUAAUUCUGCUUUUUCUGCACUUAAUAGCCUGACUUCAUUAAGUUUACAAUCUGAUAAUCCGAUUCAACUUAAUAGUUAUUCUUUUUCAUCUUGUUCAAAUCUAAUAGAAACAAUUAUUCGAUGCAAUGGCAAUCUUAAUAUUAACUAUAGAGCAUUUUAUAAUUGUCAAAGUCUGAAAAGAAUUGACUUUGAAUCAAAUGGAAUGAUAUCAAUUAAAUAUUCAGAAUCAAAUAAUUAUAAUUCUCCAUUUUAUCUCUGUAAUAAAUUGGAAACAUUGCAUUUAUAUUCAAAAGAUGAAUUAUCGAUACAAUAUCCAUUCUAUGGCAAUCCAUCAUUGUAUUCUGUUGAAAUCAAAUCAGAUUCCAUAAUAACUUUGUAUAGUUCUAUAUUCUACAAUUGUUUUAAUUUAACAUAUGUAACUAUUUCUGAAGGUUAUAGAACGAUUUCAUAUUCAUCGUUCUAUUCAUGUUACAACCUUCAGUCAUUUACUGUUCCUUCUACUGUCACAGCAAUUAGAUCAAGUGCAUUUUAUAAUUGCACUGGUCUAAUUGAAUUUAACUUUAUUAAAUCUAGUUCAUCAGUAUCACUUGACAGUGAUGCAUUCACUAGUUCAAAAGCAGUCAAUAUUUUCAUUGGAAGAGUUAUUUCGUCUACAGAUUAUUUGCCUUGGCGAGAAUCAGCAAAGUCUAUCAAAUUUGAUUAUAUUUCAAACAUUCCAUCUUCUGCAUUCAAAUCAUGGGUAAAUCUUGAGUUGAUUGACAUAGGUCCAGCUAUUUUAACAUUAGAAGCUGAUACAUUUUGUUCUGCUUCAUUACUCAAAACUCUCAUUUUCAGAGAUACGCAGAUGCCAAUUUUGUUAGGAAAUAACUCCUUCAACACAAGUUUGCAAAUUGAGACACUUGUAAUACAUCGCCCAAUUAAUUUGGAUCAGAUACAAAAUGGAAAGCAAUUUAAGAACAUUUCAAUUGCAAAUGUUGCUGAUAUCUUAGAUAAUCAAUUCUUUUCUUCUCCAAAUUUAUCCUUUUUAUCACUUGGAAGAGGAAUAAGAUCUAUUGGAGAUAGUUGCUUCUACUCAAGCAACAUAACUGAAAUAGAUAUGAUCAGAUGUGUUGAUCUCAGAUCAAUAGGAAAUGAAGCUUUCAAAUCUUGUCAAUUAUUAGAGAAAGUUAUUCUUCGUCCUUCCCUUGAAUCACUUGGAGAUUCUUGCUUCGAACAAUGUCCAUCAUUAUACUACAUCCCUCUUCCAAAGCAGAUCACUUUCAUUGGAGAGAGGUGUUUCGCCUCCUGCUACAAACUGAGAGAUGUCGUCAUUCCUCCUCAACUGGCAAACAUCAGAGAGUCAACGUUUAUGUCUACUGCAAUUGAGAGAAUUAAACUCGAAUAUGGAACAUUCGUUGAUCCUGAUGCAUUCAGAAACUGCACAUCUCUUAGAAUAGUUGAAAUAUUUGAUCACUGCACACUAUAUAAAGACUCUUUCAGAUUGUGCAACAACAUCGAAAAUGUUGUUUUCUACGAAUAUGUCACUAUCUAUGAAGGAUCUUUUGAACAAAUGGGAAAUGUUUCAUAUUAUGGUCUUGUUGAUUAUUGGAGUAUUGGAACGUAUGAUGAACUUCAUUCGCUAAAUAUUCAGAAAAUUAAUGUUGUUCCUGGCUAUGUUUCCACAAAAUAUGCUGAUAUUGAUGUGAAUUUUAUAAACAUCACAUCAAGUGAAUUCACUUAUUCUCAACCGGCAAAUCCAUCAGAACCUAGUAACCCAACUACACCAGUUCCUGUUCCAAAACCAGAGCGCAAACCAUGUUCAGAAAUACCAUACUAUAGCCAAUUAAGAAGGAUUAAUAAUAGAAAGAGAUAA